AAUGAUCAGUCGUUAAUGGUGGCUGCAAUUUUCAGCUUUUCAUUUUGCCCACCUUACCCUUUUCUUUCACUUCUCCAACCAUAACAUAACUUUACCACAUUCACCAUAGAUCUGAAAUCCCUAUUCAGAAUUUCAUAGGUUUACCAGCCACAAAUAUAAUCCUGUGCCAAGCGGGAAUGAAUAAUUGGGUUUAGAGUUAGGACAGGUGGUGUGGAGUGGUGUGGUGUCCUUUGCAAUGAGUGCACAAAUGUGAAGUGAAGUUCAGUCCACAACAGCUGUUUCUCGAGUGGGAAUUUGUGUUGUGUGUGUCAUUGCCUUCCUCAUCCAUUUUCUUUUUUUUCACGCCUUAAUCUCUCUGAAAUUUGUAGCAGCAACCAUCACUCUAUGGAGUCUGUACUGGGUAAUUGGCCAUCCUAUGACCCUCACAACUUCAGUCAGCUUCGACCUUCCGAUCCUUCAAGUUCUUCUAAAAUGGCACCGGCCACUUACCAUCCUACUCACAGCAGAACCCUUCCACCACCUGAUCAAGUGAUAAGUACUGAGGCCAAAAUUAUCCUACUGAGACAUAUCUAUCAGCAUGCUGAGGAGAAGUUGAAACCAAAAAGAGCAGCAUCUGAUAACCUUUUACCAGAGCAUGGAUGCAAGCAACCUAGAGUUUCCAGCUGAAACAUGUCAUUGACCAUCUGUUGCAUGUGAUUUGAAAGAAAUGAUGCUAUAGAGGUGACAACCGAUUCUCCACAUUAGUUCUCAGGAAGAGAUUCGUGCUUUAAUUGAGGACUUUCAAAAUGCAUCUCAGUCUUUUCGACUCAGGAGUUUGCUUGUGCCGUAUUUUUCAUUGUAUAACUUUUUAGAUGAAUAAGCAAUUAUUGUCAUUCAUCAUUGAUAAAAAUGAAUGAGUACUCUAUAGUACAAAUUAAUGGUUUUGAAUUUGUUUUGAUGACUUUGAAGUUGAUAUUAAGAAAAGAGAAGAGAACGGGUACACACCCCAUUUGUUGUAUUCCAUUUAUUUAUACUUUAUUAUACAGCUUGUAAUGCUGGUUAAUCUGCUAUCGCAAGUGCACUUUUUAUAUCAAGAAAGACUGGAUGAGUCAUCUAU